UAGCGACCUCUGUACACAGCCAUGGCGGCGCCCCGGCAGGACGCGGAGCCUGAGGCUCAGGAGCUGGAGCAGGAGCUGGAGCUGCAGGCCGUCAUCGGCUUCAAUGGGCAUAUCCACGCCGGUCUGACCUGCCACCCCGAUCGGGAGCACCUCAUCUAUCCGCUGGGCUGCACUGUGAUUAUUGAAAACUUGAACAACAGCCAGAGCUUCCUGCAUGGUCACACAAACAAUGUCUCCUGUGUUGCUGUGUCUCCGAGCGGACAUUACAUUGCUUCUGGGCAGGUCACCUUCAUGGGGUUCAAGGCAGAUAUCAUUUUGUGGGACUACGAGAAGAAAGAGCUGCUUGCCCGGCUGUCACUUCACAAGGGAAAAGUAGAAAAACUGGCCUUCUCUCCAAAUGACCUUUAUUUGGUGUCACUGGGAGGCCAGGAUGAUGGCAAUGUGGUCGUAUGGAGCAUAGCUAAGAGAGAUGCCAUCUGUGGCAGUCCUGCUUCAGCCCAAAGUGCUGGAAAUGCUACUGUCCUGGCUUUUUCCAGAUGCAGAGAUGAGAUGUUCGUUAGUGCUGGAAAUGGGACCAUUCGAGUAUGGGAACUGGAUUUACUAAACAGAAAAAUCAGGUCAACUGAAUGCCAAACGGGGCAGCUCAAGAGAGUGAUCACAUGUAUCAUGAUGGCAGAUGAUGAUAGUUACUUCUAUGUUGGGACUACAAGUGGUGACAUCCUGAAACUGAAUACAAAAAGCAAACUUAUGAGUGACUAUGGACCUAUGAAGGACAAGUUCAGCCAGGGAGUCACAGCUUUGCUUUUGCUGAAGACAGGAGAUUUAGUAGUCGGCACCGGAGGAGGGAUUAUAGCUCUCUUUAAAGGCUCAAACUACAAGUCAAUCAAGAAAAUUCAGGUCCAAGGUGGUGUCACUUCCUUGACACUCAGAGGUCAAGGUCAUCAGUUCUUUGCAGGAACAGAAGAGUCCCAGAUUUACCGAAUUAACUUCGCUGAGUUUAAAGAGAAAUGCAUUGCCACCUGUCAUAACGAAGCAAUUAAUGACAUCAUUUUUCCCCUGGGAACUUCUGACUUGUUUGCUACCUGCUCCAAGAGUGACAUCCGUGUGUGGCACACCCCAGAAAACAGGGAGCUUUUACGAAUCACUAUCCCCAAUAUGACUUGCCAUGCCAUUGAAUUCAUGAGGGAUGGCAAAAGCAUUAUUUCAGCUUGGAAUGAUGGGAAAAUCCGUGCCUUCACACCAGAGACUGGUCGAUUGAUGUAUGUGAUUGACAAUGCGCAUAGUUUGGGAGUCACAGCCAUCGCUGCUACAAGUGAUUGUAAAAGGAUCAUCAGUGGAGGAGGUGAAGGGCAGGUGAGGGUGUGGGAAAUUGGCCAGAACACACGCAAGCUAGGAGGAGUUUUGAAGGAGCACAUCUCUGCUGUGUCUUGCAUUAAGAUUAAGAAGAACAACCUGGAGUGUAUCACAGCCAGCCUCGAUGGAACAUGCAUCAUCUGGGAUCUCGUACGUCUUAUAAGGAAUCAGAUGAUCCUGGCCCACACUUUGUUCCAGUGUGUUUGUUACCAUCCUGAAGAGUUCCAGAUAAUCACAAGUGGAACAGACAGAAAUAUUGGAUGGUGGGAGGUAUUUGAUGGUUCUGUGAUCAGAGAACUGGAAGGCUCUGUGAAAGGUUCCAUUAAUGGGAUGGACAUUACAUCUGAUGGGACUCACUUUGUUACAGGCGGUGAUGACCAUCUGGUGAAAGUGUGGGAUUACGAUACAGGUGAGGUGACUCAUGUUGGUGUGGGUCACAGCGGCAGCAUCAGGCGACUCAAGAUCUGCCCUGGGAACAAGUACAUCGUGAGUGUGAGUGCAGAUGGUGCUAUCCUGCGAUGGAAAUACCCACACUCACACUAACAGUUGGCACAGAAACUAUAAUACCAGUUUUUGAAAAGUUGACUCUAUUUAGAAAUGUGCAAAAAAUCCUACUACUAGGGAAGGGUUAUUUUGAUAGUGUCCAGUGUGAAUUAGCCAGGCUCGUUUCCUUUCUAGUACCUGGUAAAACUGAUAGUUUCAGAAUACAAAGCACUCCUGUUGAUUUAAUUGCAGUUGGGGGCGCUCUCCUCUUCUGAAUAUCAGGCUCAGAAAGUUAUAUUACUGGUUGUGCCCUGUUACUAUAUUCUGGACAAUUCCAAGUCUCUCUCUCCCCCUUCUUCUUCACAAUGAAUAACUUGUUGUAUAAAUACAAUGUUCUGUGUUCA